UCCUUGCCUUUUGUGUCAGUUCAUUAUCAUAUGACAAAAGUUAGUUGUCAGUUUUCGAGUGUCUGCGUCCUCUCGGCUCCUUGUUUUCGUGUUGGAUUUUGAGAACUUUGAAGAUGAGGGUGUGGAUUGUCUUCCUAAUGUGCCUGGCUGGCCAUGCCAUGGCUGCUCCUACUGAGGAGCAGCCCAUCAUUGAUGAGGAGCCCAUCAUGGAUGAGGCUCUUGUGGCUGAGGAGCCAGUUGUUGAGGAGGCCGAUGUUGGGGCCAACCCAGUGCAGAUCGAGAUCGGAGAGUUUGACGAGGCCAUUGAGGUUCCUGAAGAAGACGUUGUUUCUGACAAUCCCUGCCUGAACCACCACUGCAAGAAGGGGAAAGUGUGUGAGGUUGAUGAGGAGAACACCCCCAUGUGUGUGUGCCAAGACCCCUCCACCUGCCCUGCUGCUGAGGGAGAGUUUGAGCAUGUCUGCGGAACCGACAACAAGACCUAUGACACCUCUUGCCAAUUCUUUGCCACCAAGUGCACCCUGGAGGGAACCAAGAAGGGCCACAAGCUGCACCUGGACUACAUCGGACCCUGCAAAUUCAUUGAGCCCUGCAUGGACACAGAGCUGAAUGAGUUCCCCCUGCGUAUGAGGGACUGGCUGAAGAACGUUCUCGUGACUCUGUACGAGCGCGAUGAGGACAACAACCUGCUGACUGAGAAGCAGAAGCUCAGGGUGAAGAAGAUCUACGAGAACGAGAAGAGGCUGCAGGCUGGUGAGCACUCUCUGGAUCUGCUGGCUCAUGACUUCGAGAAGAACUACAACAUGUACAUCUUCCCUGUCCACUGGCAGUUUGGCCUGCUCGACCAGCAUCCCUUCGACGGAUACCUGACCCACACAGAGCUGUCCCCCCUGCGCGCUCCUCUCAUCCCCAUGGAGCACUGCACCACCCGCUUCUUCGACCAGUGCGACGCUGACGGCGACAAAUACAUCGCUCUGGAGGAGUGGGCCAGCUGCUUCGGCAUCAAGGAGCAGGAUGUUGACAAAGACUUGAUCAUCUGAGCUCCUCUGAGCAGCAGUUUGACAACUCCUAGUCACUACUAACAGGACGAGGUGCUGAUCCCUAAGUUAAAUAAAUCACAGUAACGGUGCUAAUGGCAAAUCAUUUUCUUGUUUUGUUUAAAUAAUGACCUUUCCUACCUAUACCACUAAAAAAAAAAAAGAUUAUAAAUGAGAAAUGUGCACAGUCUGUACUAACCAACCAUCACAUUUUGUUUCAUGAAUUCCCCAGUAAAGCAAACUAAAGACCUCUGAUGUAAAUGUAUGUUAUUGACAUGAUUAUGUGCUAUGAUCUGUUCAGGGCUUUAAAUUGGAGAUCAGUUUGAAACAUUAUCUCGAGGAGACAAAACUGUAAAGAUGAAAUAAAGUUUCUAAAUAAAUGCU